AAGGGAGACAGUGGGCGGCGCUUGCCAGUCCAGGAGGGGGUUCCUCAGGUAGAAAGGUGGGGAUCCGAAGGGAGUUGUGCAGAAGCCGGCGCUAUGAGUUCAGGAACACCGUACAUCGGCAGCAAGAUCAGCCUCAUCUCUAAAGCGCAAAUCCGCUAUGAGGGGAUCCUGUACACCAUCGACACCGAGAACUCCACUGUGGCUCUUGCCAAAGUGCGGUCCUUUGGGACUGAAGACCGUCCAACUGACCGCCCUGCGCCUCCCCGUGAGGAGGUGUACGAGUACAUAAUAUUCAGGGGUAGUGACAUUAAAGACAUCACGGUGUGUGAGCCCCCGAAAGCCCAGCAUGCCUUACCCCAGGAUCCAGCCAUUGUCCAGUCAUCCCUGGGCUCUGCCUCCACCACGUCCUACCAGCCUUCUGUGCCUUACAGCCCGUUUCGAGGCAUGCCAUCAUAUGGCCAGCUCGCUGCCUCCUCUCUUCUAGGCCAGCAGUAUGCCGCCUCCUUGGGUCUAGAGAAGCUGGUAAGCCCUUCGGCAUCAGCCGCAGCCUCCAGCUCCUCCUCCUCCCCGUCACCACAGCCUGUGGCAUCGGAUCCUGACUUGCUGGCAGAGCCCCCGCACCUCUCCAAGGCUGGUUUUCCAUCGGUCCCAGUAAGGAAAAGUCCUAUGGUGGAGCAAGCUGUCCAGACUGGUCCAAUGGAGAAUAUGGCUCAAAAGAAGCUGCAACCAGCAAAAGGCCCACCUGUGAGCCAACGGGGGAACAGACCAGGUCAGACAGCCGGUCUGCCUGCACCGAUAAGUGUACCAUCUCAGACUUCACCGACACAGAAUAUGAUCAAUGAUGAGAAUAGACGACCCCAAAGACGGAGGUCAGGUAACAGGCGGGCCAGGAAUCGCUCUCGGGGCCAGAACCGGCCAACCACUGCUAAAGAAAACGCAAUCAAAUUUGACGGGGACUUUGAUUUUGAAAGUGCAAAUGCUCAAUUUAAUCGGGAAGAACUGGAUAAAGAAUUCAAGGAUAAGCUAAACGUCAAAGAUGACAAGCCUGAGAAGGAGGGUGACGAGAAGGGAGACUCUGGAGUGGAAACCCAAAAUAGUGAUGGCAAUCCAGAGGAAGACCCCCUGGGGCCCAAUAUAUACUAUGACCGCACAAAGUCUUUCUUCGAUAAUAUUUCUUCAGAGAUGAAAUCCAGACGUACAACAUGGGCAGAGGAGAAAAAGCUCAACACUGAAACCUUUGGAGUCUCUGGCAGAUUCCGUCGAGGUCGCAGCUUUCGUGGUGGGUUUAGAGGAGGAAGGGGUGGUACCGCUCCACGAAGAAACCAGACAACGCAGAGGGCUGGCACUGGGAGAGUGUGAAGACCUGCCACUAACAUGGACAAUAAAGGGGUUUGUGUGUCCCUUAUUGGACUAGUCUUCCAUAUUUUUUUUUUUUUGCCCCCACCCCUCAAAACGCAUUGUAGCAGCUCUGUAACCCUGCACUGAGCAGGAUAAGACCCUGCAUUGCUUUCAUCCAUAUAACACUGGUUUGUAUAGGCUACAGAUUGGACUUGGCACAGAAGUGCAUGUGCGUAUAGGAGACCAUAGCAGGUCUUUAUCAUAAGGGGAAAAUGUGGUACUUCAAUUGAGGUGAGCAGUUAUAUUUUGGACCUCAGGCAGAAGGAGAUCUCUUCCUUUUUUUCCGUACUUUUAAUGUAUAAUUUGUUUUGAUGCAAAUUGCCCCUUUUUAGCUAGGGGGUUUUAACAGCUUUUUGUUUCUUGCUCAGACGAGUGUUCUGCUCACCCUUCCCCCUUAUGUAUUUAUGUUGGGACAUCACUUGAGUAUUGAACUGAGAUGAAGCAGGUUCAGAUGUAGGUGGUGGUUAAAACUUCACCCCCUCACAUUUUUUAUUUAAUUUUUUUUUGUUUAAGCACUUGGUUGGCCUCGCCAUGGUAGCAGGGUAGGAAGGCUAUGCAUGUGUGCAUAAACGAACACGAUUCUCGUAACACUGCUGGCCAACCACCUGUCUAAAAUGUACGUAUUGCAUAUAACAACUCAAGUUGCAGACGCAGGUCAUGCCACUUUGAUUCUGCCAAAAUAAUACAGCAUGAAUCCCAAGCUAUUCUCUAGUGAUAUGCCACAAGUUGAGAAAGUUUGCAUGGUUUUAUUUUUUUUCUUUCGACAUUGAUGCACUUACCCAAUAUUGUAAAAGUCUCUGCAAAUGACCAUUUUUUAAGUUAUGAGAAAUUUAA